GAAGCUGCUAAAUCAGCCAACAACAAGAGUAACCUCCAAGACAUGUGUUAUUUCUUGGAUUAGUGGUUGUGGUCGUUUGAAAUUACCUAAUUAUGUAUUAACAUCAUUACAUUGAUCUAAUGAAAUAGAUUUAACAUUAAAAUAGUAUAGUCGAUCAAAUAUGUGCACAAGAAAUCACAUGGCCCAAUUGAUGGGAAACCAUUUGGAUUAAAAGGCGUCUUUAUCUAAGCACACUUUCAAAGGCACAUCUCUGUUCUUUCUUAGCUUAUGUUCUCCAAAAGAAUGAAAAGCUUAUAAUUUUUUUAAGAGGAAAAAAAAAGAUCCAAAGAGAUAGUCGAUCAACUAAUUCCUAUGUAAUCUUAAACUUUGUUUCCCAAUUAUCGUAGUCAACUACUAUUGACAAUAGAACAAUUGGUUACUCUCUGUGCAAUACAUAUUUCACUAACAUGAUGGGUAGAUGGAAAAUGGGGCAGAAGCGGCUUUCUUGACAUAAAUUAAAUGGUGAAGUAUGUGCAAAACUGAUUUGGAUCACAACAUGAGAUUUUUUACAACAUUAUGGUGACCCAUAAAACACAUAUAGUGUCUUGCUCUUGGUGAAAACAAGAGGAUUGAUUUAUGCCAAUCAACAUAUGUGAAUUAAAAUUCCCAAAGGCUUUUUUGCCGCAUUUGACAUUGCCUAUAAAUUAUAUGCAUUUCAGUAUUUGUUAUAUGAUAGUCAAUUCGUUCUUCAUAUUGUUGCAAAUUUUGUCUUUCCCAAACAUAUCAAACACAUUGACGUUUAUAAUUUGUUGUUCAGAAUGCACAUAUUCCUUCCUCGAAAGUCGAAAAACUAGCAAAUAUUUUAACAAAACCAUUGUAAAACGGACAUUUGAAAAUUAAUGUAAAGCAUUCAAGACUGACAUGCUCCACUUUUUUUUUGAAAACACUGACAUGCUCCAUCUAUUUGUGGAAGAGUAGUAGUAUAAAUGAAAUAUGUGAUUUUGCCUUCUAUUUUACCUCCAAACUUUACAUUCUAAAGAAUAAAUCAAAACUUCCACUCUACCAAUUAAUUUCUAAUUAAUAAACGAGAAUAUUAGAAUGCAUUAGUUGAGAACAAAGAAUGGUUGUCUGAUCGAAGUGUUUCAACUCAAAGGAAUUAAGAUAUCGACUUUAUAAGCAUCGAUAGUUUCUUAUACAAAAAUAUAAGCAUCGAGAUUUACAUGAGAUUGUGAGAAAACAUAAAACUUUCGAUUCGAAGUAAACAUGGUUUGGAAUAAAGCAAUACGGGUGUAGAAUAUAAGAUGAAUUCAGACGAUUUGAAAGUGUAGAGCUGCAGAGUGAUAACUGAUAACCAAUUGGGUGUUGAUAACGAGUGAACUAUUUCGAUUAAAGCAAAACAAAAGCCAGAAGUGGCUGUAGUUUAGUGGUAAGAAUUCCACGUUGUGGCCGUGGAGACCUGGGCUCGAAUCCCAGCAGCCACACUUUAUGUUUUUUUGUAAGUAAUAUCAAUGUGGAAAAGGCCUUAUAACCCACGAAUACUGAAACUGGCUCCAAGUUUCACUACUAGACGAGUAAGAGCAUCUUUAUCGCGGUUAAUUAAACCCGUCUCUUCCUUUUUUUUAGAUUAAAAGAAAAUUAAAAAAAGAAGAAAACGCAAGAGACGUGUGUUUUGUCGUCUCGUGAAGGAACGCCUCCUGGUGGACGCGUGUCAACAAACGAGAGGCUGGAGGUUUGGUUACGCAUUAAACGCAUCUCAAACUUGUCUUUCUCUCUCUCUCUCUCUCUCUCUCUCUCUCUCUCUCUCAAGCUCUCGACGAAGGCGAUAUGUUUGGCGAUUUGAUAGAUUAUGCAUGUGAUUGAGCCUCUUGUUGGUAUGAUCGGUUGUUACAUGUUGAUUCUCGUCGAAUCCUUCUCUCGGUGGUUCUCCUCGACGGCGCCGGAGCUCUCCUCUACGGUGCGGGAGCUCUCCUCGACGGCGACGGAGCUCUCCUCGAUGGCGAUAAAGCUGUAUGUCGGUGGCGACGGAGCUCUCUCACAGUGACUCUCCUCGAAUCGAAGGUAAAGCUUCUGUUGUCUCAUGUUCUGAAUUUUUUUUUAAUUUUUCAUGGAUCAAAAUCGAUUUGUUGUAUGGAUGGAUCAAAUUUGAUAUGUUCAAAAAUCACUGAUAAAAUCGUUUUGUAUAAGUUCUGACUUGUUGUUUGAGUGUGUGGGUUUCUCAAAUACAUUGUUGAUCAAGUUAGUAGUCUCUGACUUCCGGUUUCUCUGUUUGUAUGUUUUCAAUCUCAACGAUCCACGGUGCAAGAGGAAGGAACCUCAAAGCAGAAGAGUGCAAAGCAGAGCAAUACAGACUGGAGCAUUGGAGCGUGAGUGAAGAAAAGACAAGGAGACAGUGAGUCACAAACACACAUGUGAAGGAAAAGACAAGAGAGACGUUGGAGCAUAGCUCAUGUCACGGACACACACUUUAUUGUAGCAUAGCUCAUGUCACGGACACACAGUUUAUUGUGUAUUAUUGUAUCACAUGUCUAUCUGCCAAGUCUUGUAUUGUUUUGUAUAUCACGGACACAAGGCUUCAAAUUUUAUAUAAAUGAAACUUCUUCUAUCUCUCUCAGUAUCAAACUGCCAUCUCAAGUCCUUCUAUCUCUCUCAAGUUAUCUCAAGUGUAAUCACUUUCUCAAACUUCUCUUUUAUAAACACAUAAUCACUUUCUUCCUUCACAAGUUCUUCUUAAUCUCUCACUUUAUAAACACUUCAACACCUAAUUAAUUUCUUUCUUCACGUUAAACUCUUAGUCACUAUCUAUUUAAACUCUUUUUAAUCACGUUAAUGGCUUCCUCUUCUUCUCAAAACACUUUUGAUGAUGCUUUUGAUGAUACAUUUGAUGAUACAUUUGAUGAGCUUUUUGAUCAACAUUUUGAUCAAGCAUUUGAGGAUUUUACCAUUCAAGCUAAUCAAGAAGAACGAAGAAAAAAAAGAAAAAAACGAGUUUAUAUUGAAAGACAUCGUGAAGAAGGGCAUAAUCGUUUAUGGAACGAUUAUUUCAGUCAAACUCCAACGUAUCCUCCUAAUUUAUUCCGACGACGUUUUAGAAUGAACAAGCCAUUAUUCAUGCACAUUGUAGAUCGACUCUCCAACGAAGUUCAAUAUUUUCGGGAAACAAAAGAUGGUCUCGGAAGGAAUAGUCUCUCUCCACUUCAAAAGUGUACCGCCGCCAUUCGUGUCUUGGCAUAUGGUUCUGCAGCUGAUACCGUCGACGAAUACCUCCGGCUCGGUGAAACAACAACUCGGUUAUGUGUAGAAAAUUUCGUGGAAGGAAUAAUAUAUUUGUUCGGCGAAGAAUACCUAAGAAAACCAACACCAGCUGAUCUUCAACGUCUACUUGAUAUUGGAGAGUAUCGUGGCUUUCCCGGGAUGAUAGGAAGCAUCGAUUGUAUGCAUUGGGAGUGGAAGAAUUGUCCCACCGCUUGGAAAGGGCAAUAUGCUCGUGGUUCAGGUAAACCAACAAUCGUUUUAGAGGCGGUUGCUUCAUAUGAUCUCUGGAUAUGGCAUGCGUUUUUUGGACCUCCAGGUACGUUAAAUGAUAUCAAUGUUCUUGAUCGUUCACCAGUUUUUGAUGACAUAAUAAAUGGUCAAGCUCCGAAAGUCACUUUCUCUGUCAACGAACAUCAGUAUAAUAUGGCUUACUAUCUCACCGAUGGUAUUUAUCCGAAAUGGUCAACUUUUAUCCAAUCUAUUCGUAUACCACAAGGGCCGCAAGCAGUUUUAUUUGCUCAGCAUCAAGAAGCUGCCCGAAAAGAUGUAGAGCGGGCUUUUGGAGUCUUGCAAGCUCGUUUUGGCAUUAUUAAAAAUCCUGCGAGGAGUUGGGAUAAAACCAAAAUUGGGAAGAUUAUGAGAGCAUGUAUCAUACUCCAUAAUAUGAUCGUAGAAAACGAAAGAGAUGGUUACACACAAUUUGAUGUUCGAGGGUUCCAACAAGGAGAAGACCAAGGAAGUUCACAUGUUGAUCUCACGUAUUCUACAGAUAUCCCUUCAAAUAUCGCAAAUAUGAUGGGUGUUCGAACAAGAAUUCGUGAUACACAAAAGCAUCAACAACUGAAAGAUGAUUUGGUUGAACACAUAUGGCGUAGAUUUGGAGGUGGUGAAAACAACAACUGAGCUCUCCUGCUUAUUUCAAAUAAUUCUCGUUCAUUUUAAUAACCUUUGUUUUCAUGUUUUUAAUUUAAAAUCUAUGUUUAAUAUGUUGUCUUUUAUUUACUAAAAAAUAUAAGUUUUUAAAUAAAUA